AUGUCCAGUCAACUGAUGGGAAAUUUACCAGUUUAUCGAGUAACGGCUGAUUACUCAUUUCAAAAUACUGGAAUAGACUACGCCGGACAGUUCCAGAUUCGCUGCUCAAAGGGAAGAGACAAAUUCCUGGAGGCUCUUCGACGGUUCUUUGCAAGACGAGGCAAGAGUGAGAACAUAUACUCAGAUAAUGGAACAAACUUCGUAGGAGCUUCAAGAGUAUUGGACAAAGAAUUUGUAGCUGCCAUUGAAAACAAUAAUGAGUUAGCACCUACACUAGAAAAAGAAGGCAUCAAGUGGCACUUUAUCCCCCCGGGAAGCCCCCACAUGGGAGGUUUAUGGGAAGCCGGUGUAAUAUCAGUGAAGUAUCACCUUAAACGAGUUAUUGGUGAAAACAGCUUUACAUAUGAAGAAUUUGCAUCACUGCUAUGUCAAAUCGAAGCAGUACUAAACUCGCGCCCAUUAGUCACUGUAAGGAGCGAAAACGAUGGUGAGGAAAUAUUAACGCCGGGUCAUUUUCUGGUGGGAAGACCUCUAAUUGGAGCUCCUGAACAUUUUGACGAAAGUGUAAAGUCGGUUGAAGGAGAAAGGCUGGUCCUAACAAAUGUGCAUCGUUCCGAUAUGGGAGGCUAUAAUUGCAUUGCAUCUAAUGGAAUACCUCCUUCAGUUAGCAAGAGGUUUAACGUUUACGUUAAUUUUUCACCAACAAUUAAAGCCAUAAGUCAAUUGGUUGGAGCACCCGUUGAAAGAGAAGUAACUUUGGAAUGCAUUGUAGAAGUUUAUCCCAAGCCUCUUAAUGGUUGGUACCACAGAGAAGGAAAUAUUAAAAUGCAUAACGGAAACAAAUAUAAUAUUUCUGAAGAAAUGAUUAACCUAUACACAUGGCACCUCAACCUUACCAUAAGACAUCUGACCAAAUCAGAUUUUGGAACUUAUAGUUGCUCGAGCGUUAAUGCCCUUGGCAAAAGUGAAUCACUUAUUCGAUUGCAAGAGCUAAGGCUGCCGCCCAAGUUGACCACAACACCAACACCUCACAUGCAAACAACAGGAAAAUCUCGUCGGAAGCACCCAGCAAGUCAUAAAAAGGGCCUAAACGAAGUGUUACGAUUUCAAGAAACCCAUAUCACAAAUCAAAUUCAACAGGAGAACGAAGAACAUAACGAAGGAAUUGAUAUGUUAAAGUUUACUAACAUGGAAAAUUCGAAUGGCGUUUUAGAAAGCGACAACAUCAACAGCAUGAUAAACAGAGAAGAAGUAAACAUUCAUCAACCUAAACAAUAUGGACAAGAAAAGACUAAAAAGCCAUCUGGGACCAUACCAUCACCAAGUACACCCUGGAUAUUCACAAAUACGGGAUCUCCAUGGCCAGCGCGAACUUCGAAUGCGACAGUUGCAUUGGUCAUAUCUUUUUGGUUGCUUUUCUGGUGUGUGUCACUCUUUAGCCUGAAAUGCAAGAAGAGUUAUUCACCAAGUUGUUGUUUUCAAAAGAAGAUUAUUUGUUGAAGCGCGCAAUUUCACACUCCGCAUCACUGUAAUGCAAAUGCUUCAGGAAUUAACGACUUUAAUAACUGAGCAAUACAUUUUAUAUUAUGAACAAUGAUGCAUUAUUAUAAAUGCAUUAAUCAGGGAGAACUUUUAAAUG